UUCUUUCGGCACUAACGACGCAUUCGGAGUCAAAGGAGUAGUCGCUUGCAUUGCCCAUCGAAAAGAAUCUCAACGACCUCCCGAAUUCUUCGAAACAGUUCAACAUGAUAGCGAUAACAUGGUGCCUUCUUGUGGCCGCAUCGUUGUCAAUGGUUGAUUCCAGAGCGGCUGGAGGCAUCGAGGCAUAUUUUAGACACAUCGAUGAAAAAUCUAUCGCCAAAAGUGGUACAGUUCUCGGUAACAUGGAUGAUGAGAACGAUUGUGGAGGCUCCUUGCAUGCAGCAGAAAGCAGGAGCGACAUUGUAACGGCCGAGACUGGGCAACUCAGCAACGAAUAUAUAAGCCUAGAAGACCUAAGUGAUUUUCUCGAGGCCAGAUUUGCCGAAAAUAGGAAAACUAUUGAGGAAUUUUCGGAUAGCGAUCAAGGAAACUGGUACAUUGUAAAUAUCGAUGAUGAAGACCAACAUCCUGCUGAUAGUUUUGAAGAAAACUUGUUCGCAGCUGGUGAAUCCAAAGAGAACAGCAAUGCCGAUGUGUUCACAAACAAAUAUCCAGAUAACAAGAAAUCUUACAAAGCUGAAAAUCAUCCUACUGAUCACAGCAAUUAUGAUUCAUCGAUUUUUGGGUCUUCAAAAAAAUACGAUGAUUAUGUACAAUUCAAAAUGCAUAACCACGAGGACAAACAUCCAUCCAAAAUAAAUGAAGAUUAUAACACGCCAAUCUAUUACUACAAUAAAGCCGAUAAUCCUGCUGACAACCUCCCAGCAAAAAAACGAACCGCAUAUUCCAGUAGCAUAAUAUCUAAUAAUGAUCGAGUUAAUGCCUUUAAUAGGAGGGUAUACUCCGAAAACACGGACACCAAACCUUCUGCUACCCAAAACUCUGCUAGGGGGCGAACAGUAGCCCGACAAUUCGACGAUGAUGGCGAUUUCCCAGAGUUCGACUACGACGCUAGCUCUGGCAAUAGCGAUGGCCGUUUUGAAAAUAACUAUGAUGGUGACUACUUCGGUUCAAGUGAUGCCGAUAAUGGUGCAAAUGAUGCGUACGACUACGACUACAGCAACAGCCAGGGCAGUGGUGAUCAUUCUUUUGACUUCUCCAAUCCGGCUUUCGGAUUUUCCCGCCAUGGAAGUCUCGUUAAUCCCUUAAAAGUCUAGCUAAUGUAUCAUUUAAACGCUUGUCUCCCUUUUGAUGCCGUUGCAAUGUACGGCACUUCUUUCACAUUCUCAUACACGUGCAAUCAACUCAGGUUCCUACACCUUCUGCUGCACUUGCAACAUACUUAAGAUUCCAACCCGUUUGGUUCCAUUUGCAAUCUACUCGCUCUUCUAAACUUCAUUCUGCUGCUUAGUCAGUCGUGCUCAUUCACUAUGUGUGUACCCCAGUCACUGACAAAUACUUAUUGUUUUAAAUUCAAUUUCUGCCUCAUUUAAUUUCCUUAAUUUUGACUAACUUUGUUUUCAGGAAGUAGUGUUAAAACUUUGUCAAUUUGUGCUUCAUGAGUUAAACAUAUCGAAUUUAAAAUAGCGAUAGUUUUUGUCAUGGGGUCAAUUUUGCUUUACAGAAAGAGAUCAUCAUAUAAGUAUUUAAUGUACAAUAUCCUGAACUGUUUUUUAUAUUUUAUUUGGUUAUAAAUUGUCAAUUAUUUGAAGAACCCAGGAAAUAUGUAAUCAGAAUAGUACAAAGAUAAUUUCAAUUGUCAACAUUGGCCUGUGUUCCUUUGCAAAGUCAUGCGUUCUAAAUUCUAUCUUUUCAGUGCGCUCGUUUCACUUUUAUUAUUUGUUUCUCCUUUGCAAGAUUUAAGAGAAAGCUCAGGUACGACUUUCAUACAACGUCAUCCGAAAUGGAAAACUUCCAAUGCAAUAUAUUCAUAAAUACAUUACAUUUCAAAGUUUAGAGGGGAAUUAAUUAGCAUAUGUUUCUUUAUAUUAAUAUGCACUACAAAUCUCCGUUCUUAUAGGGCUUUAUAAUUCUUUGAUUAUUCUGUGAUUAAGAAUCAUUUUGACAUUUUUGUGUGUGGCAGGAUCGUUGAUGGUUAAUAAAUGUUACGUAUUAUGUGA